CUGCUACUUUGCUGGACCUCAUUUUGCGCACAUUCAAGAACUCCAAGAUGAUACUUGACUGGUUAUUCGGGAGGCCGGUGUAUUUACCCCUCUUUAUUGACUAUGCACACGGUGCUGGAACAGUUGUCAUGACCCAAAUAUAUCAGUCUUCCUUCUUAUUUUGGAUAUAUAAAAUCUUCAAGUCAUGCUAUCGACUGCUUACCGGCACAUCUGAACUCUACCGUAUAUGCGACGGAGCCGUCCAAGCCGCGGAAUCUGCCCGUUCCAAGGAAGAAACGGAGUUGCAAACCCUGGAGGCCAAGGAGGGGGAUGAGAAGGCAGAAAAGUCUGGCCGAAAGGUCAAGUUUGUCAACUCAAAGUCUCUUUCCGCCUAUGUUGGGCCGGCCGCGGUGUAUCGCAUAGAUCGAGCGUUACUGUACUCGACUACAUUGACAGAAGUACGACGACAACUAGAGUCACCAUAUAGUACUUUAGAAGAACCUUUCGCCAUCAUCCUCGUCAAAAAGGGAUUUCCGGGUAAUGGCAAUCCAAAAACUCCGCAAGCGUUAAUCCUCCGUCAAUGCAUCACUAUUAUCAUGUCCUCGUACAAGCUGGUUCACGAGUUGAAUGCGCGAGCCGCUACAAAAUAUGAUCCGACAAAUCGAUCACAUGAACGGAAACUGCUUGAGUUAUGGGAUCUUAUGAUGCCAGACGAGAAGCUGACAUCUAGAUUUUCGGAUCAGUGGCAAAAGAUUGGAUUUCAGGGAAAGGAUCCUGCAACUGAUUUUCGGGGAAUGGGAAUGCUCGGAUUAGAUAAUUUGCACUACUAUGCGAAGCACCAUCCACAUUCUGUUCAGCGGGUCCUACAGACGUCUCAUCAUCCUACCGCUUGGUUUUCUAUGGCGAUUGUUGGCAUCAACAUCACGGACUUUGCUGUGCAGCUUGUGAGAACACGACAGUUACAACAUUUUUUGUACACAUUUGGAACUACCACUACAAUGUUUAAUGAGUUUUAUUGUUACAUGUUCGAUGAGUUUGGAAAGUAUUGGGCGGCACAACCCAUGAUCACAGUCAUGGACUUUGGGAGGGUUUUCGAGCAGUUCCAAACAAGGAUCCAGUUGGAGCUUCUCAUGUCCAAGGAGACCGUUUUGGAUCCCAGUAGCCCUGUGUUCCUCAAUAGUAAAAAGCGACUGUGAUAUUCCAGACAAUAUAAAAUAUCAUAGAAAGGGGCUGUAGGGUUGUACGAUAGCUGUUUUGCAAGUAUGUAUGGGAUACAAAUAGUGAAAGGGUAUAGGACA